AAACUGCAGGGAUCUAUUUUCAGUUUGGUUUCGGGUUGCCAGUGUGAACUGGUGACCUGAGGACGUGAGGUCUCCCGUGUCUGUCCCUCAAAAGCUGGGUGUGAGCAGCCUAUCGGUUCCUUGCAGGGUGGAGUGUCCCAUUCUUUGGCCAAGAUGUGGCCAUCCGUGUCCAUCCUGUGUGUCCUGGUGGCCUUCGCCAACGCUCGCAGCAUUCCUUACUUCCCUCCCCUCUCCAGUGACUUGGUCAACCACAUAAACAAGCUCAACACUACCUGGAAGGCAGGGCACAACUUCCCCAAUGCUGACAUGACCUAUGUAAAGAAGCUCUGUGGCACCUUCCUGGGUGGGGCCAAGCUCCCUGAGAGGGUGGACUUUGCUGCAGACAUGGAGCUGCCUGAUAACUUCGACUCACGGACACAGUGGCCCAACUGUCCCACCAUCAGUGAGAUAAGAGACCAGGGCUCCUGUGGCUCCUGCUGGGCUUUUGGCGCCGUAGAAGCGAUUUCAGACAGAAUCUGUGUCCACACCAACGCCAAGGUCAGUGUGGAGGUGUCAGCUGAGGACUUGCUGUCAUGCUGUGGCUUCGAGUGCGGCAUGGGGUGCAAUGGUGGUUAUCCCUCCGGUGCGUGGAGGUACUGGACAGAGAGGGGCCUCGUGUCUGGGGGCCUCUACGAUUCCCAUGUGGGCUGCCGUCCCUACUCCAUCCCACCCUGCGAGCACCACGUGAACGGCUCCCGGCCCCCCUGCACCGGGGAAGGAGGGGGAACCCCAAGAUGCAGCAAGCACUGUGAACCUGGGUACUCACCCUCCUACAAGGAGGACAAGCACUACGGCAUCACCUCCUAUGGAGUCCCUCGCAGUGAGAAGGAAAUCAUGGCUGAGAUCUACAAGAAUGGCCCAGUGGAAGGAGCCUUUAUUGUCUAUGAGGAUUUCCUGAUGUACAAGUCUGGAGUGUACCAGCACGUGUCCGGGGAGCAGGUUGGAGGCCACGCCAUCCGGAUCCUGGGCUGGGGAGUGGAGAACGACACCCCGUACUGGCUGGUGGCCAACUCCUGGAACACCGACUGGGGGGACAAUGGCUUCUUCAAAAUCCUCCGAGGGGAGGACCACUGUGGCAUCGAGUCCGAGGUCGUGGCCGGCAUCCCCAGGACGGAGCAGUACUGGAAGAGGAUGUAACCUUGGAUCAAACCACAAAUAAUCCCGAGUCCCUGAUGCUUUUAACUGAUAGUGGGUUGGGUGCAGAGACCCCCCCCUUCUAAGAGACUAUAGUUGAGAUUACUUUAUUAAAGCUUUUUAUCUUUUCUUUUUUCCUUUUUUUUUUUUUGGUUGUUUUUCAGUUUUUUUGGUGGUUUUUUUUUUUGGUGGUUUUUUUUUUUGUACAUCGGAGCUGGAGGUGGAGCUGCUCUCUACCAACCUUCUGCUCCUGGUGGGUUGCAGCCAUGGGGCAUUCCCUGCUCAAAGGACUGCUGGGGAGCUCGCUGGCCUCUUGGUGUUUGGUUAGCCUGGACCCCUUCCAGCCCAGUUUGUUACUGGGAGGGCAGGAAGCAGUAGCUUUGUGCUGGGAUUAGGGACUUGCUGGGGCAGCAGAGAUGGAUCCUGCUGGGAAGCCAUAGCCAGGAGGGAUUUGUGCACCCCUGGCUGGGUUGGUUUGACUGUUAGUACCCAAAACAAGCAGGGAAUGUUAGUGUGUGCCUUGAACUGGCUAAAUUUAGACCUAUUAGUGACAAAAUACUGAUGAACUUGAUGUGGGGCUGGCUCUGGCCAGAGCUGCCUGCACCAAGUCCUUUGUGCAUUGCUUGCUCUGCUCCAUCCAUUUGGCUUUUUAAACCACUUCAACUGUUCAUUUGGUUUCUAUCUGCUGUAGUCUGGGGUUCUUGAUCCCAGGGAAGGGCCUGGCUGGAGCUCCGUGAGCCUUUGAUCAAAUAUCCUGCCAGCAUCCAGGAGGACACUGGAAAGAGCAAACCACUUUAUAUCCAUGGCUGGGCAGCUUGGUGUGUGAACCCUGGGCAAGGGUGCAGCACCCAAAAUUGGGGUGCUUUGGUGCUGGAGGUGCUGAAUGCUGACCUGAGGGAUGGCUCCCAAGUCUGCUGCAGAUGCUUGGAGGUAUCUCACUGACUUGCACACAAUUGAAGCAUUUUUUUUCUUGAGCCACAGGUGUUAAGGAAGAAAAAUACCCUUAUUUUUGUUACUGGGGGGAGGUGUAGUAGUUGUGUAGGAGGAAUCAUGAUUUGCCAACACUAAUAUAGCAAAAGAGCUUUUUUUUUUUUUUUUUUAAUUAAAGCACAAAGUAUAUUACUGAGCUGAGGCUGCAGGCUGAAACAUGUGAAGCAGGCUCUCCCAUGCAUUGUAAAAUAGCCCCUUACCUCUGCUUACUCAGACACCAGUGAGCCAGAGCUGUGCUGUUGUGGUUGGAACAACCGUGCCAAUAAAUGAUUUCUCCAGUG